AUGUGGACACAGAUCAGUCUCAACAAUGCAUUACAACAUUUGAGACAACAUUUGAAUGACUUGUUUGUCGUCACAAAUCGUAAUUAUCGGUCAUUUCGGUGACACUUCUGGACCAUUCAAGUGAUAUUAUUUGAUAUUAUAGUGAAUAUCUCUUGAUUCAUGCAUUUAUUAGUCUUUAAAAGAUUAGUUUCUUGUAUUGGUGUUGUUAGCGGAUCAGCUCACAAAUUGAUGACAACAUUGAUGAGGACAAUGACAACAACUGAAUACACUGACCAUCAACUGAAGGAUACGAUAAAUGAUCGCAUUUUUUCAUAUCUUUAUGUCAGUCCUCGUGUCGGACACAUUGUCUACAAUGUAUUGCAACCCAAAUAUGAUAACAAAUACUUGAAUAAUGUUUUACAUAAAUUAUCUGAUAUUCAACACAAUUGUCACCGAAGAGGACUCGAUUGUCAUUGGGAUUACACACGUCUGGAGAAUGAUUUAAAGGAAAUAAUUGAAUUGAAGACACAAUUGGAGCAAAAAUUACAAACAAAACUCAAAUUACAGAAUAAAAUACAAUCAAAGAAACGACAAAAUAAAGUGAUUUCCGAUGAAUUACAACAACAAUACAAUACUAUUAGUGAUGUCAUGAAAGAUAUCUACGAAAAAAUUAAUGUUUUAGAAGAAGUAGUUAUUAAGUUUGUUCUGCAAAUACCAAAUGACAUCAGAAAUGAUGUAAAACAAGAGUAUGAAGUGAUCUCCAGUUAUGAACCCAAAGACAAAAACAUUAAAUUAUAUAAAGUUUUGAAUUACAUUCAAUUGUCAUAUAUUAACAAAUGUUUGUUUAAUUCAAUCAUUGGUCCGAAAUCUGUUUAUUUGAAUACAAUUGGGACACAAAUGAAUGACUCGAUAAUUGAGUUUUUUGGUCAAAGUUUGCGUUGCAAUCAAUUUGUUGAUAUAUCUGGUAUUGAUUUUGUUAAGACAGCAGUCAUUGAAGCGACACAUUAUAAAGAGUUGUCUGACUAUAAAUCAGACAAAUUGCAGAUCAAUGCCAAACAUAAGUCAACACACAAUCAACAGCUGAAUCAAGGCUUGCAUUUUGUCGGCAAUUCGUCAUUUGAGUCCAUCUGUGCAUUCAUUAGUAAAAGACAAUUCAAUUGGACUCAAGAUAUUAAUGCAAUUAAACUGUUAUCGAUUGGACAAGAAUAUCAACAAUGCUUUACUCAAAAUAACUCAUUAAAUGCAACGAUUAUUACAAAACCUGAUGAAAACUUAUCAAACUAUCAAAUGAAUGAAUUGAAUCAGUUAUUAUGGAAAUGUUUGACACAAUUAGACAUUAAAUGUCGUUCAAUACGUACCGGUGCUCAACAGUUAGAAAUAAGUCAAUUCUCUGGUAUAGACUUUCAAGUUUGGCUGAGAUCUAAAAAUCAAUGGUUAACUGUUUGCCAAAUAACCCAUUAUAAAGACUAUAUUUCUAUACGAUUGGGUGCUCCAGAAAGUCAUAUUAUAAAUGCUUGUUUACACUUAUAUCCAAUUAUUAUAUCAAUCAUUGAACAAAAUCAAACAAUUGAUGGUAAUGUAGAAAUACCUCAAAUUUUAAACAAAUUCUUAAUUUAAAACAAAAAGUAGAAUAAAAGUUCAUUUAUU